AAACAAUCUCAAAACCCCCACCACGAAACCCUUGACCGGAAUCACACCGCCGGAGAGGAUCAUACAAACAACAAUUCAACGAAAUGCGUAUCAACACCACGAUGCUAUUGAUCCUUUUGUUCUUAUGCCACAAUUAUAGUAGCAGCGGGAAGAACAGAGAAAUUCUAGAAAUCAAGGGUGAUAAUGAUGUGGUGUGGAUCGUUCAGCUAUCUGAUCUUCAUUUUAGUGUUCAUCAUCCUGAGAGAGCUUCUGAUUUCCAGAAAUUUGUUGGUUCGACUCUUUCCUUGAUCAAUCCUUCACUGGUCCUCAUCACCGGCGAUCUCACUGAUGGUAAAAGCAAGGAUCUAUUAACAAUGAAGCAGAAUGAAGAAGAGUGGGUGGAAUAUCAAAAAACAAUGGAAGAUGUUAUCAAGAGGAGUGGUCUUAAUAAGAGCAUCUUUUAUGAUCUUAGAGGAAAUCAUGAUAAUUUUGGUGUGCCCGCCAUUUAUGGCGCAUUUGACUAUUUUUCAAACUAUAGCAUCACUGGGCAACUGGAAAGAAGUCAAUCUGUCAAUAGUGUUACUCUGCAGACUAGCAAACGGAAUCUUCUAUUCGUUUCAUUUGACAGCACAAUGUCCACAGGCUUACGGGGUCCCACAAAUCUUUUUGGGCAUCCCACUGACCAACUGUUAACUGAACUGAACUCUCAUCUCUCCCAAUGGGAUUCCACAUUUGUAAAGCCAUUAACCAAAAUAGCCUUUGGGCACUUUCCGCUAUCAUUUUCGGCACCCUCGCAUUCGAAAAGAACCCUGAAAGAUAUUUUUCUCAAGCACUCUAUAACAGCUUACCUUUGUGGACAUCUCCAUACGCGAUUCGGUAAGAAUUUGAAGAGGCACCAUGAAAUGGAUCACAACCUUGUAAACUCUCACCACCUUUUCCAACUAAAUAUACAUCAAAGAACUUCAUCCAGUAGCACAAAUUGUCCAAGUGGAGGUCCAACAGUCGAUGAAUUUUGGGAGUGGGAAAUGGGCGACUGGAGGAAAAGUCGAGCUAUGCGCAUUAUGGCCAUAGAUAGAGGGCGUGUCUCAUUUAUCGACACUGAUUUGAAGAUAGGAGCUAAAGAAAUCUUGAUAUUGCCUACAUAUCCAUUGGAUUCCCGCUAUAUGUCAACAACUGAGUUGAACAAAUACAAAUGCCAGUCAAUGGAUGAUGCAUCCCACAUCAGAUCUCUUGUUUUUUCUUCAACACCGAUUGUAUCAGUUAAGGCAAAAAUAUACGACUCAAGCCGUGGGGAUCUCUAUAUGGUUCUAGAAACGCCUAUGAGUAAGCAUGGAAAUCUAUACACUGCCCCAUGGAACUCAAAAGCUUUUAUGGACCUGUCUCCCGAUAGAUAUUGGCUAGAAAUUGAAGCGAUUGAUAUCAAUGAUAGAUUGAGUUCAACUGAACCAAGACCAUUUUCUUUAAAUGGUCUUCGUGCUGAUCUCUCAUGGACAUGGAAAGAGUUUUUUGUGAUGGGCUGUCAAUGGGCGGCAUUAUACUACCCGAUAUUCUGGUCAUUCUAUUUUCUUGCAUUCAUCGUUCUUCUUCUACCAAAAGCCAUCAUUUCUCGGUGGAAAAACCAGUGUUCGUACGGGUUUUUCAAGGCAAAUAAAGGGUUUUUAAAUGGUUUGAUAUGGGUUUUUGCUGAGGUGUACAGUGUUCCAUUUUUGUGGAAAAUGAUGUUGGCUUACUUAUUCUAUCUUCUAUUAUGUCCAUGGCUUUUAGGCCAAGUUUUCAUUGGUGAUGAUGAUAGGGGAUACAUGACGUAUAAAGGGUGGGUGGUGGAUUUUAAUGAUCUUGGAAAAUUGGAAUUUCUUGGAUGGCCAGAUAUAAUGGUGGUUGUUAUUCCUCAUCUUUAUUUUGUGGUUUUACCUGCAAUUUUUAUAAUUGGGGCGGUGGCUGCUGAGAGAGCGAUGUAUCGAGAUCAUGUUUGUUCACUUUCCGAGAAGAAAAGAGAUGAUAAUAGCGUAAAGAAUGGAAGAUUUACGUCAAUCAAUCACGGAAAUGGGCGCGUUUUGGAGAAGUUGCGUAGAUGGGCUCGGAGUAUUCUCUUUGUUUUCUCUCUUGCAGUUUGUUGGAAGCAUUUCAAGAAUUGUAGAGCGCUUAUGAAAGCUUACGAGAUGAACCCGUUGGUUCAUUUUCCGUUUUAUAGCUUCACGAUCCCAUUGUUACUUGCUUAUGUUUUCUACAAGACCAAAAGACCCGAGGCUUGAUAAGACUGAUGCCCACGAUGAUUGGAUUCAUGUUUCCGUAAGUAUAUUUAUGAAUUAUGAUUCAACUUCAUCCACCAUUUCAAAAGUUUGAAAGCUUUUGAAAUCCAAAUUCUUCACAUGCCGAAAAGAAACAUUUUUUGGGUAAUUCAUUGAUGAACACGCAACAUUGUUGAAGGUGGGGCCUCGUUGCACGCCUAGAAACCUCGCUUUUAGGUGGGAUAUACAAGAUAUAAUGGGUUCGUUUGAUUUUGAUUCAUUCAACUUUGUUGGAGCAGAUACAGUGUGUAUAUCUACAAACACGGAUUACUUAUAGCUACAAAUUGAAGGAUUAAUUGUAAUUUUUUUCAAGAUUAUUUUUUUACUGGUAUUAGUUUGAUGA